GUUAAAACAGUACUUUAUCUUAUUGGAUUGCCAGAAAAUCCCAAACGAUUAAUUAAAUAUACUGACCGCCAUAAGUUCUGAACACCCGGUGUACUUUGACCAUGUCGACGUAAAUCUGCCGCCAUUCAGCAGUUUACGUAAACUUUGAGAGGCUUAUUGCAUGCUAGAAGGUUCAAAUAAAUGGCACAAAAGACUUUGGAAAACCAUAAGAUUUAAGUGCUUCACUGGAUCACAGACUUUCUAGGUCAAUAGAAAUUCUUCCAGAACCCUAAACGUACGGAGAAGCCUUUCGAAAGUCAUUUGAAAGCUUCGGGCUGGUACACGCAAUGGAACGCGCUUUAAGCCUUCUAGCACUUAAGAAGCUCAGACUAAAAAGCUUUGAAAAACAUUACAAACACUUUCCAAAUCUUUAAUUUCCUCCCUAAAUUCAACAAAACAAACCACAAAGAACUGAGCCAGGAUCUUUUGCAUUUUGUCCAUCCGACCGUCCACCCGCCACUUAUGGGCAUAUUCCUGCAAAUGAUUUUUUUAUUCUGCUCAUUACCAUCCCUUGCUUUUAUAAUAUAUGCAACAAUUAUUCUCGCUAUCUAUAAUUAGUAGAUGCUAACAAUGGCAUGUUCAUGUAAUUAAUUACGUAUAUGCAUCGUGCGUAUCGAUCUGAAAUUUUUAUUUAUACAUUAUCGAUUAGACUAUACACUUUUACAUGUAUGCCGUCUCCAAACGCACGUGGCACGCAUGCGCGUCCGCUACAUAUCGACUGCAAUUCGCAGCAGUCACUCCACAACAAAACAUGCGUGCAAAGAAAGUUGCAUGUGUGCAGGCGUUUUGCAUGACAUCUCGCCAGACGUCCCUCGAAAACAAUGACGAAUUUACUCUGAUCCGUUUAAAUCUAAUGGACGUUUAGGCCAUGUGUAAAUAUGAAGGUACCUAAACCCGAAGUCCAUGUUCCCGUCACGAAUCAUCAUUGGAUCACUGCCUUUUUUAUGAUUUUGGGCCUAGGAAUAGUUGCAGUUGCUGGAUUUUGGAUACGAAAAUGCAAGUGCAGCACCGUUGGGCGUCACGAGUACAGCGCGUUAAAGCGCGCAGACAGUGGAGGGGAAACCAAUUACCCCGAGACCGAGAUGUACGACGGGGCCUUCAUGGCGUGUCGACAAUUUCUAAGUGGCCACCCCAGGUUUGAACUCAGAGCACAACUGGAGAGAAUCGGUUCGCGCGCAAACAAGCACUGGUUUAUAGUCCAAGACGUCACGCUCGACGCGGAAAGAUUGCUCAGCUUCGUUUCGCUUCCAACGCAAUGUCCCAUAACACCCUCAACCGUUACGAGCGAAACGGUUCUAGCUCUAUUCAGAGGGCUACAGCAUCCGUACAUUUACCCAGUUUUAGACAUACAGUUUUUGGACACCCAAGUGGCCUUAAUUUGUCCACUUAGUCACGGCGGAAGUCUUCGGGAUCUAAUUUACGCGAGCGCCUGGCACGAAGAUUGCGAUCGAAAAUAUUCGGGCCGAGGCGAAGGGCUUCCACUGUGGCAGAUUCAGCGUUUGGGUCGCCAAAUUCUCGAGGCGAUGCUCUUCCUUCGGGAUCGAGGUUUUCCGCCGGUGCACCAUUUGCAUUCCGGGAACGUGAUAUUGCAAAAUGGCGUGGCGCGCGUUGCCGGACUGGAGAAUAGCCUGUUGGGUAUGGCGUCCCGAUUACCCACAGCGCCCGAUGUUUUGGGUUUCGGUCAUCUACUGUUCGAAAUGACGACCGGUUACGAGUUGCCCACCCCGCCUAGUCCGGCACACUUGGAGUUGGAAUUGGAGCGAUUUCCGAAGGUCGUCGAGGUGUUAAGGUUGAUCUUUCAAAAUUUAACUCAGCUUCCGACGCUCGAAGAGUUGAUUUGCUGCGAUUUGUUUCGCGGAGUUGAACUAAGAGAGCUUAGAGGAAUUAACGUGAUGCAAAGCAGAUACGCUCCGGAAAUUUUGGAAGUGUUUGAUCUCGCUAGGAAGUCAAUAACUGCAAGUGGAGGCAGAUGUGUCACCCGUCGCUUUAGUGAGUGUAGACGUUUAGAAGAUAUAAUAGAAGAAGAUAUGACAGAAGAGAAUGGCUGCGAUGUUUUUUUAGAAGUUGAACGGUAGCCAGUAACGAUUACGUUAUUUGUAUUUGGUAUUUUUUACUAGACGCUUCGGGUGCAUUGUAUUCGUAGAGCCAAAUUUUGGACCAACAAAAAAAAUCAUCUAUUUUUCUCUUUCCGAAAAGUUACGCUCUUUACUACGUUGUUGGUAAAAGAAAUGGUUGUUGUCAUGUCCAAACAUAUCAUUUCUUUUCCGUUAAAUAGUGCAACGGUUGUAAAUAUAAUAAUAGCAGCCAUACUGUAUAUACGUUAGCAGAUUACAUAAAUAUUUUAAUACUACCACGAACAGUUAGUCGUUUAUGUAGCCAGAAGCGUUCUUUGUAGCCUAAAGAGCAGUUUCUAUUAACACUUCUAUUCUUGUAACGUUUCACUAAUAUAAACAUAGCAAUAAGUCUCUCCAUCCCC